AUGUCGCUCCGCCAAUGGUGCUUGUCUCUCGUUAUUACCUGUUUCUUUCCCGUCUUCUCCGCAGCGAGUCCGUGGAUUGUCACGGCCAAUUAUGAAGAGAUCGUCAGUGUUAUUCCCGGCCACACGGACCAGGUGUACAGCAUCACAGAACCUGCGGAGACCUUCACCGAUUUUGUGGCUGUUUCUUCCCCCUCUGGCACUCCAGUAUCUACAGCCACCAUCACACAGACGGAUUAUUACUCGGAUACAUACACCAUAGUCGAAGUCUUGUAUCCAUAUAAUUCUGCCGCAACUCCAACUAGUACAGCGGAAGACUACUAUGCCACAGCAACGAGUGAUGACUACGCUUACACAAACUACGUCGUAAACCUCGCUUACACUGCGCCAUCAUACUGCAGCACGACAUGGGCCUUUACCACAGCUGUGCCGGUUGAGCCACCUUACAACAUUGAACAUGCGCUCGUGCCAACUACCGCCUCCACGAGUUUUAGAGUCGAUAACAGUCGUCCAUUUCGUCCCACUACCAUCACCGAAGUGUAUGCCUUCGUGGAUCCGACCCAGGUUCCUUCCUCCAGUUUAGCUGCGCUCAGCUCAAGCUAUGAACCGUAUCCACCAUGUUAUAAUCCAUCAUUGGACAAUACUGACUCGGGAGACUCAUCGUCCUCACCAUCCUCCUCCUCCUCAUCAUCAUCCUCCUCAUCUUCAUCUUCAUCUUCAUCCUCUUCCGGGACGACCUACUCUUGCGGUUACUACUGGUGUAGUUCCGAUGACGAUUCCGUCAGUUGGAUCAAUGACUCCAGUUACUAUGGCAUCUCCCCUUUAGCAAUCAUCCUGAUCACUGUUCUGGGCUGGUCAUUUGUUAUUUUCGUAGCCGGGCUAUUCGAGAAUUACUUCUAUUUUCAACGGUUGAUGAAGGGAUGGCAAGCUCGCCGUGGCCUACCAAUCACAUGGUGGUUUUGGAUCUUCCCGGUAACCGCUCUGGUUUGCUUAGGGUUCAGCCGAAGGGGAUUUCAAGCGCGAAAUGAGGAAGACGCACGGGAGCUGCAGCAGAAGUGGGAAGAAAUGGGGUUUUGGGAUAAAAAACGUCUGUGGUUGAAGUACGGGUUCACCUGGGGUUACCCUUCCAUGCUCGGUCCUGCUCCUCCACGAGUCGGACGACCUUCAAAAGCGAAGUUAACACAGCCAUUGCUUCAAGUAUCGCCUCCUGCAAGUGAACAAGGGGAAAUCAGUCGUCAAUUGACACCGCGAUCAUCGAACGGUGAUGAUAUCGAAUCAAGCUCUGCGGCAGCAGCAGCGUCUCCUUCCCGUCAGUCUCAACCGGCAAUGUCUGGUGGCCUAUCAUCUCAGAACCUUCAGAUCCCCUCUCCUGUGUCGACCAGAUCACGCCAAGCGACAGAUGGACCAGUGGAGCCAAUUCCCGAACAGGAUGAGAUCACCGAGGUACCAGCGACAGCAGAACAACGAGAGGGAGAAGGAAUCACAGAGAAAACUGUAUCCGAAAAGGAGCAAACUUCAAAGCCUUAA